UUCUAUUGAAUGGUGGAGCAGAGUUGAGCUGUACAAUAUACUCCUGUUUCUGAUGAGGUUCAGAUGACAGGGCUUGGCGUCAAAACCAAGAGAUGGUGUCCUGUUUUUCUUGCAGGUUCACCCAUCAUGGAAGGGAUCCAGCUUGUUGUAGCUACUGCGAGAGCUGCCUACAAUCAGGGAAAAUCCCGGCCUCUGGAAUUUCGCAUCCAGCAAUUGAAGGCGCUGGAGAGAAUGAUCGAUGAGAAAAAAGAGGAAUUCUCAGUGGCACUCAAAAAAGACUUGCACAAGAGUGUAUUUGAUGUGGAGAUCUUUGAAAUUGCCGGCAUUCUGAAUGAGAUUUCUCUGGCCAUCACCAACCUACCGGAGUGGACUGCUCCAAAGUACGUGUCGAAGAGUAUGAUGACAUUAAUGGAUGAUGUUUAUAUCCAUCGAGAGCCUCUUGGGGUGGUUCUUAUCAUAGGGGCCUGGAACUAUCCUUUGGCUCUUAUUGUCCAGCCUCUAAUUGGGGCAAUUGCAGCAGGAAACGCAGCAGUCCUAAAGCCAUCGGAAGUGAGUGAGAAUACAGCCCAGUUACUGGGGGAGCUCCUCCCUCAAUACUUGGACAAGGUGGGUGUGGACUACUCAGCACUGGCGUUAUGCGAUCUCAUCAAUUUACCUUGUGUUUCCACCAAUGUCGCCAGUCUUUUGAAUUUAACAUCUCCCCUGCACUUGCUGCUAUUAAAGGAUCUUUACCCUGUCGUUAACGGAGGGGUUGAAGAGACAACGGAGGUGUUGAAACAGCAGUUUGAUCACAUCCUGUACACGGGCAGUACCAACGUUGGCAGGAUCGUUAUGGAGGCUGCAGCCAAACAUCUGACCCCUGUGACCCUGGAGCUUGGCGGGAAAAGUCCAUGUUACGUUGAUGGUGACUGUGACCUGGAUGUGGCCUGCAGACGUAUUGCAUGGGGACGGUACACAAACAGUGGUCAGACCUGCAUCGCUCCAGAUUACAUCCUGUGUAAUAACAGUAUCCAGGAUGAAGUGGUGAAGAAGAUUGGCUCUGCUGUCUCUGAAUUCUAUGGAGCCGAUCCCCAGAAAUCCCCGGACUACGGACGUAUUGUAAACCAGCGGCAUUUUAAGAGACUGAUGUCUUUGCUGGAGGGAGAGAACGUGGUGUUUGGUGGUCAGCGCGAUGAAAAGGAGCUCUACAUAGCUCCCACAAUUGUGACUGAUGUGGAUCCCAGCUCCAGGAUUAUGCAGGAGGAGAUCUUCGGCCCAUUGCUACCCAUCGUCACGGUCAACUGCGCGGAAGAGGCCAUUGACUUCAUCAAUAAGAGGGACAAGCCCUUGGCUCUCUACGUCUUCUCUCACAACAAAAAGUUGAUCCAGAGGAUUAUCGCAGAGACAUCCAGUGGUGGUGUAACUGCCAAUGACUGCCUGAUCCAUUACUCUGUUGACACCCUCCCAUUUGGGGGUGUGGGGAAAAGUGGCAUCGGGGCUUACCACGGUAAAUUCAGCUUUGAAACCUUCAGCCACCGCCGAGCUUGUGUGUUGAAAUCGCUGGGUAUGGAGAAGGCGAAUAGUAUCCGUUAUGCACCAGCCACUGAUUCAAAGCGAAAAUGGACCCUUUGGCUGAUGAAGAAACACAGAUGUGAAAUAAUGUGACUUGGCAGCAAGUCCCAGGCUGCCAGGUGAGGGUCAGUGUUUCUGGACACAGGAAAGGGCAACAUUUUUACAAACCAUCCGUAGUUGGCUUUGUCGAGCCAAGGUGAUCUACAGCAGUCUGAAGUAUAUUCCCAAAACACGGAGCGGGGGAGUUGAUGUGAUAGAAAAAGAAUGGUGAUCAUGUUUCUCAGUCAGGAUUCAUAGAAUCCUUACAUGUGUGGGAGCAGGCCAUUUGGCCCAUUGAGUCCACACUGACCCUCCCAAGAGCAUUUCCUAUGACCAAUCCACCUAGCCUGCACAUCCCUGGGCACUAUGGGCAAUUUAGCAUGGCCAAUUCACCUAACCUGCACAUCUAUGGACUGUGGGAGGAAACCAGAGGAAACCCAUGCAGACACAGGGAGAAUGUGCAAACUCCACACAGUCACCCGAGGGUGGAAUCGAACCUGGGUCUCUGAUGCUGUGAGGCAGCAGUGCUAACCACUGUUUUGGGGCUGAUCCAUUACCUUGGAGAUUCAUGUUGCCAUCGUACCAUUGUGCUUCCAGCUGGGAGAGGUCACUGGUUCUAGUUUUUCUCCAUUCAUUAGUGGGAUUUGGGUGUCUCUGGCCAGGGUCAGUAUUUAUUACCUAUCCCAUAUUGCCUUUUGGAUAUAACUGAAUGCUUGGCUAGAGUCCUUUCAGAGAGCAGUAAAGAGUUAACCACAUCCAUUGUGGGUCUACAGUUGCAUAUAGGCCUGACCAGGUAAGGACAACGGCUUCCUUUCCCUCCAGGACAUUAGGCAACCAGAUGGAUCUUUACAACCAUCGAUAAUAGCUUCAUGGUCAUCACCGAAUACUUAUGGCACGGAAGGAGGCUAAUCAGCCCAUUGCACCUGUGCUAGCUCAACAAUCUGAUCUGGCUUUAUUACAUAGUGCUUAUCUCCUGCCUUUCCUCCCUAUAUCCCUACAAACCACUUUUUCUUCUAUCUGAAAAACCCAUCCAAUGCCCUCUUCAAUUGAACUUGCCUCCACUAUAUUUUCCAAGCUGCAGACUUUUAAUUCCAGAUUUUUAAAAUAUAAAUUGCAUUUAUUGGAUUUGUUCCCAGGACACUAACUGGGUUUCUGGAUUACUAAAAAUAAAACAAAAGCCUGUGGAUGCUGGAGAUCUGAAACAAAAACAAAACUGCUGGAGAAACUCAGUAGGUCCCCCUCCUUCUGAUGAAGGGUCACUGAAAUCUAUGUUUAACUUUCUGUUUCUCUCCACAGAUGCUGCCAGACCUGCUGAGUUUCUCCUUUUUUGUUUGUUCUUAUCUCUGAAUUUCUAGUCUAGCUACAACGACACUAGUCCCAUCGCCUCCCUAGUUAAGUUAACAAAGCCUUGGCAAGCUUGGGGUGGCACAGUGGCUCAGUGGUUAGCAUUGCUGCUGCUCGGGACCCGGGUUCAAUGCCACCCUCAGGCAACCGUCUGUCUGUGUGGAGUUUGCACGUUCUCCCUGUGUCUGCGUGGGUUUCCUCCCACAGUCCGAAGAUGCGCAGGUUAGGGCAUUUGGGUGUCUAAAUUGGCCAUGCUAAAUUGCCCCAUAGUGCCCAGGGAUGUGGAGACCAGGUGAAUUAGCCAUGGUAAGUGCAACGUUACAGGGAUACAGUAGUGGGGUGGGUGUGGAUGGGAUGCUGUUUGCAGGGUGGGUAUGGACUGAAUGGCCUGCUUCCGCACUAGGGAUUGUAUGAUUCCAAGUUUCUCUGCUCCAUUCUGCAAGUAAGAAACUCGAAAGUUGGUGAAGAACAGAUUGAGUGCCAGUGAAGUGUAUUUCUUUGGACUGAAUUUUCCACGGCUUGUUGAUGCUUCAGUGUUGUGAACCAUUGCUAGCUUAAAUUCUCGAAUGUGAAGCAACUGCUUUGGAUGAGGUUGCCCAAGGGCCGAGCCCUAGUGAGAGGCUGCCACAACAAUGAAAGGACGAGUGUCUGGGGGCUUGGAUAGAAAAAAAAGUUGUCCAAUUUUGCAUCUUUGUUUCUUCCAGAUUUACUGUUUUUGAAAGACUUGGAAAAUGCACCACUACAUUACUUUAACCUCCUGGGACACCCGUGAGGCCAUUUCUUUUCCCUUUGGCCUCUGGGGACAGUUGGGAUAGAUUUUAAGAUCUGAGCACAUUCUGACCAAUGUAAUCUUGCAAUUCAAGAACACUGCUUUCAAUGGUAGUGAUGUGCCAUCAUCUCUCAUGCACCAGCACAGACAUAAUGGAAUAGAUGAUCUACACUGUAAUUUCUGAUUCUUUAUCUGUAAAUAUCCUGUUGCUAAUAAUUACUUUUGUUUUGCACUGUGUUUAAACACAGUAAAAAUAAAAUCCACUGAUUCACCUUGUAAUAAA